AUGAUCGCUUACAAAAAUAUUCAUGACAUCAUUUACUUAACGUCCCAACAGAAUUCGAUUUCUUUAUGUGACAAUGAAAAUGUUUCUCAAAAAGUUCAAUUUACAGAAAUGAGAACGAGCACGAUACGAGGAUGCUUACAAUUAGCCUUAACCAUUUUUACUAUCGUAAAAAUAUUUGGACAUUUUAUGCAUGCAUUGUUAGUGCAGCUUAACGGCACCACACAUUCAACAUGUUCCCAAAUGAUCAUAAUUUUUUUAAAAGAUUUCUGUCGACUUGUUUUUGGUGUUGCUGCCGACCCAACUCCGUCGAAACGACACAAAACCGACUGUCGAGAGAAAGAGAAUCGUAAAGCAAAAGCAGAAAAUGAAAAAAAAAUGAAAAAGUUCCAAUGUAGCGAGCGCUCUAUACACACAAUCUCUAUACCUACAGCGUAUAUAUUUUUCCCUGAACAUUUUCUGUUCGGUCGAAAACGGGUCUGA